CCCAGUUCGAUCGUCAAGCGGAACGGUUUGGGAACCGCGCGCGUAUCUUCGCGGUUUGCGGUGAGGCUGUUGCUAGAGACAGGUACAGGAGUACGUAUGCCAUGAGUUUCGCUUUGCUAAGCCGUGAACCGUGAAAGGUGCCGUGAAAAACCAUGUGAAAUAGUGCAAGCCGUCGUUGAUUGCAGUACUGAAUAGUGAAGUAGCAGCUCACAGCGUUGCUGGACAAAUCAGUGCGUGAGGCCAGUGCGUGAGCUAGCUACUGGCUAGCAAAGCAUUUAUUUAUUUUUACUCCAUUCUCUCCGAAAACACCAACCCGUAACCGCGGCGAAAGCCCGUCACCACUUCACGCACGCCAGUUAGUCGUUCUAGGAACUCCAGAACUAACACACAUCAAUCCGGUGCGCAUGCGUCACAAUCGUCACCAUAGUUGACAUUCACACACGACGCCCCCAGACAGCCAGGCACGCACGCAGCCAGGCAGGCAGGCAGGCAGGCAACACAAUCACCCUUCCAUCCCCGCUCCCGCUAGCUCUCAAAUGCUUCUAUCAAAGGCAAACGCCGUUCAUUAUCAAAAUCGUAGUCGCUUCGUGAAAAACGCACGAAAUACGUAAGCGCGCAAGUUUUGUUGACAAGCAAACGCUUUCUGGUCAAGGUAGGCGGUGUUGCGCUCCACAUUUCCUCACGUUCGUACGCUUUCCGGGCCAGUGCAGUGUGGUGUUAUGUGUUGUGCCGUUUUGGGUCAAUUCUGCUGGACGAUCAACCAUGCCACGUUAUUGUGCAUCUUUGCUCAAAAAAAAAAAAAAAAGUGGAUAAGAUUGUGUGGCAUGGGCCGAACCGAAAUGAAUAGAAAAUUACGAGUGGAAUUCAUCUCUCCGAGCAAUCCACGGCUCAGAUAUGGAUUCGAUACGAAAGAUUUUGCACAGGAACUUUCAGACGGCGAUGGUGAGGGGCGGAACUCGACGAAGGCGGAAGGGCCACCUUAACGGUGCAAAUGAUUGGAACCAACGGUACCGGGGCCAUCUCCAUAAUGUAUCAACGCAUGGCUUCAUUAUACAGUUCCCAAUUGCUUUGUUGAAACUAUGGUCCCUCCCGUUCGUUGAACACGUACGCGAUGUAUGUAAAUGUACAUGUGAAGAAAAAAGAUGAAAAGAAAUCUUUCGGUUUUUAUUUAUCUUUUUCCCUCCUUCCGUUUGCCUUACGUACGCACUUUCCUUUCCGUCACUGCCAGAUUAGAGGGCUGUCUCCAAUGCUUCCUGCCCCCCCCCCCCCCAACCCCCCGCUCUUUUCAACGAUAAAGUUUGUCUUUGUAGUCAUCAAGAUUUUAGAUGAGAGGGCCCGUACCCGUUACUUGAUGCUCGAUGCCUCCAUGCACCAAACGAAGGUUGCUAUUAACUGUUAUUUGAAAACUGACGCAAAACUUGUGUGCGCGACGGUACGUGCAGUGCAGUGAGUGUAGCGUAAAGCGAAAGCAGCCGUCUUCUAGGCGGCCCAAAAAAUCAAUUGGACGGGAUUGGUGGGCACGAUAGGGUGCGUCCGUCCAUCUACAGUCGGCCACUGGCCUGUGUGUCGCGCCAGAGUUGGUCUCACCGGAAGUCUUCGUGAUGGCUGAGCGAGAUUAUAUCGGCUUUUCCACACUCGCCGAACAGGUGCACCGGAAGUCGGUAAAACGAGGUUUCGAGUUCACGCUCAUGGUUUGCGGCGAGAUGGGUCUCGGCAAGUCAACGCUGAUCAACACACUGUUUCUCACCGACCUGUACAAGCACCGCGCGUUGCUGCCGGUGGAAGAACGCAUCGAGAAAACGACACGGAUCGAAAAGAAAACGAUCGACAUCGAGGAAAAGGGCAUCAAGCUGCGGCUCACCAUCGUCGAUACGCCCGGUUUCGGUGAUUCAGUCAACUGCGAGGAUAGUUGGCGCGUAUGCACACAAUACAUCGACGAACAGUUUCGGCAAUAUUUUACCGACGAAAGUGGCCUCAAUCGGCGCAACAUACAGGACAAUCGAGUGCACUGUCUGCUUUACUUCGUGCCACCAUACGGACGCGGCCUACGACAGUUAGACAUCGACCUAAUCCGACGAUUGCACAAGAAGGUGAAUAUCAUCAUUGUGAUUGCCAAAGCGGACACAUUGACCACCUCAGAAAUCAAGGAACUGAAGGCACGCAUAAAGGCCGAUAUCGAGCAGAAUGGCAUACAUACGUACCGCUUCCCGGAUUGUGAUUCGGACGAGGAUGAAGAGUUCAAGCAGCAGGAUCGUGACUUGAAAAAGAGCUUACCGUUUGCGGUCGUCGGUAGCAACAUGGUGCUGGAGGUAGCCGGGCGUAAAAUACGCGGUCGCCAGUACCCAUGGGGCGUUGUAGAUGUGGAAAACCCUAAACAUAGCGAUGUUAUAAAGCUUCGGACGAUGCUUAUCUCAACGCACAUGCAGGAUCUGAAAGAUACGACGCGCGAUGUGCACUACGAGAACUAUCGGGCGCAAUGUAUUUCACAGAUUUCACAGCAUGCGCUACGCGAACGCAACAAACUGAAACGUGAAUCGACAACCUCAAAUCCAGAGAUAACGGAAACUGAUAGACUAUUGCUACAAAAGGACGAAGAGAUUCGUCGCAUGCAGGAUAUGCUUGAUCAGAUGCAGGAGAAACUAAAAUCUUCCAACAUGGAAUCUGUAGUCGACGUUUAGUACCAACAAUAAGACGGUUUCCAGUUUUAUUGUCUCGGUCCGAUCAAUUUGCGUAUUUUCUUAACAUUUCUAUGUCGAUGAAUUGUAGAAAUGCAACAGCGCGAUUCAUUCUUAUUCCCACCUUAUUAAAACGAAAUGUUUAUCGCAUGUCAUUUCAUGUACGUUGGCAGAAUGUUCGACACUUGGUUGGCAGAAGAAUUUUACAGCAAGAAGUUCACUAGCGAUAUGAUCUACUGUAGCACGCUAGUUGUUACUAAUAGAAACACAAGGCGGCGCAGCGGUACCAUUUACAAAAAAACGAUGCAGAGAACAAAGACCGUAGACAUAACGAAUCUAGGCGUACGAGAUAGCAGUAUUGAAAUGUGGACGCAAACACCCCGAGGCUAGUAUAAUCAACUGGAUAACACGUGUAUUGAAAGAGAAGAAAUAUUGACUAACGAUAUGGAUUAGCACCAGCUGAUACCCAUUAAGCUGAGCCGUUUCAACAUAAACGAUAGAACGUGAACGAACGUUCUUUUACUUUUGAAACUUUGCGGACAAAUGACACAUCAACGACGUUACCAGAAUUAGAACAAAAGUAGUUUAAGUUCGUUUUAUUAUUUAUUUGCUUCCAUUAUUUAACAGUGAUGCGUGCUUCAGACGACUGUUACAGUUGAUGUGCGUAGCGUGUAGUGUAAUGAAAUACCAAAAAAUAGAAAGGACUUCAAACGAAGGUUACCACCGGCACAAUUGAUUGUGUCGACGAUUCUUAAGGAAGAUUAUCCAGCUAUAAUGGCAUUAUAGGUAGCCGAGCAUGCAGUCCUUUAAUAUAUAGAAUUCUACGAACAAUAGUUUGGUGUUUCUCUUGGCGACCUGCUAGACAGCACGCACCCAUAGAGCAAAUGUGCAUUAUCCUUAUAACUUUAGUUUAGUUGUUUUGUUUUGUUUUUUGUUUGUUCGUUUUAUUUUCGGAUUGAAGAUAGCUGGUUAGAACGGAUAUGAAAUAGGAAUAGCGUAUGUUAGCGUCCUCGAUACCUCGAAUAAGCCAACGCAUGCUGACUGCCUCGGGUAAUUUAACAUAAUUUAUUUACCGAUGACAUGAAUUAAUAUUGCUGCGUUGACCAGCACCAGUGGGAUGAAAGUAAGGGGGUAACGAGGAUUAGUAAACCGCUCCAAAGGCAUUUGCGCUAAGAAAGGAAAGGAAUUCGGAU